AUAUCUUAACACAUUACGUCAUCUUUCUCUCUCUCUCCCGCCAACCUCAGUCUCCCUCCCUCUGAUCUACCUCUCAAACAAAUUAAUUCGUGAUUCUGAUUUCUCAAAACACACAGAAACAUGGAUUUGGGUAUUCGAUUUUGAUCCAUAAAGGUUAAACUUUUUCUUCCGAUUACUAAAUUAAAAAAAAAAAACUUGGCUUUCGUUAAGAUGGCGACGGGUUCGAAGAGGAAAACACCACCUGGGAUCCUGCUUCUGAAGAGAAUCAGAGGAAGAAACUGGAGCCCAAAGACGUUUCGCUACGCGAUUCUGCUGAUCACUUUCAUCGCGUACGCUUGUUACCACGCUUCUCGUAAACCCAGCAGCAUAGUGAAAAGCGUUUUACACCCAGAACCAACCACCAAGCCACCACCACCACCGCGAGAGCAUAUCAACACCUAUCCUUGGCCUUUGGGAAACGUGUUCGUGAAGGAAGAAGACACUGACGCGGAUCAUGUUAAUAAAGGAUGGGAGCCGUUUAACGGGAAAGGUGGCACGUCGAGAUUAGGAGAGAUCGACGUGGCGUUUCUCGCUUGUUACUCUCUAGGGAUGUACGUCGCUGGACAUCUGGGCGAUACUUUGGAUCUGAGGUUGUUUCUGACUUGGGGGAUGAUCGGGAGUGGGUUCUUCGUGGGGCUGUUUGGGAUGGGUUACUUCUGGGACGUUCACGCGUUUUGGUUCUUUCUGGUGAUGCAAAUGGCGGCCGGGUUGUUUCAGGCGACGGGUUGGCCGUCUGUUGUGGCGGUGGUCGGGAACUGGUUUGGGAAGAGGAAGAGAGGGCUUAUAAUGGGGAUCUGGAAUGCUCAUACUUCUGUUGGGAAUAUCUGUGGUUCUUUGAUAGCUGCGGGUGUUCUUGAAUACGGUUGGGGGUGGUCUUUUAUAGCUCCUGGUUUUGUUAUGUCUUUAGGAGGAGUCCUUGUUUACUUGUUCUUGGCUGCGUAUCCUGAGGAUGUUGGGUUUCCUGAUAUCAAUUCUAACUCCGGUAAGUUCAUUAAAAGGAAAGGAAACAUCGAAGAAGAUGAAGAAGUAGAUGUUGAAGUCGCAGGGGAGAGUUCAGGGUCAGAACCAGGGUUUGAGAAUAAAACAGGUGUUGGACUUUUGCAAGCUUGUAUGAUUCCUGGUGUUAUACCUUUUGCAUUGUGUCUCUUCUUCUCGAAGUUGGUCGCUUACACGUUCUUGUACUGGUUACCGUUUUACCUGAGCCAAACACCUAUUGGUGGAGAGUAUAUGUCUGUGAAAACAGCAGGAAACCUCUCCACGCUAUUUGAUGUUGGAGGCAUUGUAGGAGGGAUUCUUGCUGGUUACAUUUCAGAUAAAUUCAAAGCAAGAGCUACGACCGCAGCAACGUUCAUGUACGCUGCGAUUCCAGCAAUGCUUGUGUACCAUUUUUAUGGAGGUGUCUCUCAGACAGUCAACAUCCUCCUCAUGAUGGUCGCUGGUUUGUUUGUCAAUGGACCUUAUGCACUCAUCACAACCGCAGUCUCGGCGGAUCUUGGAACGCAUAAGUCUUUGCAAGGGGACUCGAGGGCUCUUGCCACUGUGACUGCUAUUAUUGACGGGACUGGUUCUGCUGGUGCGGCUUUGGGUCCUCUUCUGACAGGGUUUCUUUCGACUCUGGGGUGGCAAGCUGUUUUCUAUAUGCUGGUCGUUGGGGCUCUUUGUGCUGGGUUGCUGUUGACACGUCUGGUUAUUGCUGAAAUUCGAGAGAAACUUGGAUAUGUUGAUGAAGUUCUUGCGUCUGAACCACUCUUAGACGAGAGAAGAUGAUGGAGAAGAGAGAGUAGCUGGAGAGUCUGUGUGAACAUGAUCCAUUGUUUGCUUGCACAAGAGUUUUGCAAUGUUAUGUAAUAAUGAAGAGGAACUCAUAGUUCGUUGUUAUCUUUGCAUGUGAAUUUUUUUUUGCUUACAUCAUUCUUCAUCUA